AUGGAUGGAGAGUGGCUGCAGUACAAUAGUGGUGUGCACAAUGAGUUUGACCUCUUCAUGACAAGCAAACACAACCACCUAUUCCAGGACAACCAUAGUGAUGAGAUGGAUGGUCUGCAUGAAGCCACUACUGUCGUGGGAAACACUGAUGAUGCCAAUGUUGUUGCUGCAGACCACAAUAACAACGAUGGAGAGACUCAUAGUGAGCAGAAAAUGGCUAAAAGGCGUGCCAAUUAUCACCAUCUGCAUAGUGAACAAAUCCUACAACUUGAAGCUGUGUUCCGGGACUGCCCUUAUCCAGAUGAGAAACUUCGGAAGGACCUUAGCGAGAGGCUUGGCAUGAGUGCCCAGCAGGUCAAGUUUUGGUUCCAAAACAAACGCACCUUCAGUAAGGGCAAGAUGCAACGGUGGGAGACCCAAAAUCAUUGGGUAGAAAAUGAGAGGCUAAAAACUGAACAUCAAGCCAUCAUGUUGGCUAUGCAAAACAAGACUUGCCUCAAAUGCAGAGGGGUGAUGGUACAAACUCAGGAUACCUCGGAGCGCCAAUGCCUAUACACCGAGAAUAUGAGGCUCAAGGAAGAACUCCUACAUGCCACUACCUAUCUUAAAGAAGGUCUUCGCCGAAAUGGCAUGUCGCUCCCACGGGCCCGCAACUGA